GCUGGAGUCGGGUGGAGUGUGUACAGUGUCUCCUCUCUUCUAACAGCCAGUCACCAUCCUAAAACCCAGGAAAGCGCCUGGAAGUGAGACCCCCUACCUCCCGCUGCGCGCAAAACUUGGCGCACAGCGUCCGAGCAGUGAGCGCGGUACGAGGCGGAAGGCUCGGAUGUCGCGCACGAAGCCAAGCGCAGCGCAGAGACUCGAAGCGUUGAGAAAACACCGAGGAGCACACUAAGCACAACUUUAAGAGCGUUCUACUCCUCUUUUGAGACUUUUCAACUGACGCUGUUGGGAUUGCCGCGCGUCAUCUUCUGCGUCCUUCAGUCGUAUGCGCAACCAAGGAGGCGUUUAGUUGCGUUGGGUCAGGCGCGCUUAAAGGAAGGUGACAUGCAGGUGCUCGGCUGGACCACACUUGUCCUCUGCCAGUGGAUCCUACGCAAGGUCCAAGGGUUGGACAAGAGAGUGGACUUCUCAGAGCUGGGCCCAGUGGGCUCGGCAAUGAAGACUCUUCCUUACGGCAUGUCUGGAAGCACAGGUGGAGCAUCACCAGGAGGGCCGGUGAAACCUCCUUACCAAACCCGAAUCUUCACGUCCUCCUUUGACCAGACGCCCAUGAAAUCCAAGCCGCCCACCUACAGUUUCUUUAACCCCUACGACACGACCCGGAAUCAGUCCUUGCUGGUAGACCAGACAGGCUACCGCUCAAAGCGGAAGCCCUCUCUGAAGACGGCUAUGAAGACCAAGAAGAUCUUUGGCUGGGGGGAUUUUUACUUCAACGUCAAGACUCUCAAGUUCAGCUUAUUGGUGACUGGGAAGAUUGUGGACCACAUCAAUGGAACGUUCACCGUGUACUUCCGUCACAAUUCAUCCAGUCUCGGGAACGUGUCAGUCAGUAUUGUUCCUCCAACUAAAGUAGUGGAAUUUGAGGUCCUUCAGCAGCAGCAGUUCUUGCACCCCCAUAGUCAACAGGAGGUCCAGAUCCAGGACACCCAGCAAUCUACUAUCGACCCCAAAGAGGUGAAGACCUUUAACUGCCGAGUGGAGUAUGAGAAAACCAACAGAUCCAAGAAGCCCAAACCCUGCCUCUACGACCCGUCUCAGACGUGCUUCACGGAGCACACUCAGUCACACGCCGCCUGGCUGUGCGCUAAACCCUUCAAGGUCAUCUGCAUCUUCAUCUCCUUCUUUAGCAUCGAUUACAAGCUGGUUCAGAAGGUGUGCCCGGACUACAACUUCCAAAGUGAGCACCCUUACUUUGGAUAAAAAGCGACAGAAGAGACACCGACGGGAAUGAUAGUCAUAUUGAUUAUAUAUUGAUGGAGCAGGGGACAUCUUCUUGCCUCUAAGAUGCUGUGAAAUGUGGAUUGAAAUCAAGUAUAAUCAAAGUUAUGGAUGCUUAGGAUGAGGAGGAGUCCUUCCCCCGCCCUUCCCUCUACUUUCUGUUUUUUGCAGUUGUUUCUGUAAAUAUUAAUCUCAUCCUCAGCGCUGUUCUUGUUUUGAGAUUUUUUUUUUUCUCAGUAUUUUUACCGUAUUGACCUAAAUGCAAGAAGGUUUUUUUUUUCCUUAGACGGAGUCAGAAAAAGGCAGUUCUUAUUUUGGGGGUAUUCGGGAUCUGGAGAUCUAUACAUGUAAACUUGCGCCAAACAACUUCUCCCCACGUGAGUCAGAGCUUUUCUUCCUGUUACUCACAAACAGCAUUUUUGAUACUAAUUUUAACAUAAUGUUGAUCAGCGGUGUUGGGAGUAAUGGUGUUAGUAACAUUGUUACUGUUUUCCUGUCAUGGGUAAUCUAACUCAUUAUAACAUAGUUACCAUUGUGAAAUGAAAUGCAGUGCAUCAUUAUUUUUUGCACCAAUAUCUAACAACUGUGCAUUCAUAAAGAUAUAAUGUUUGAGAAUGAGUUGCAUCUCUUGAGCGGCGCUUUGAAGUGAAUAUGAGAGCCGUUUUGCAGAAAUAAGAAUAUAGGGUAUAAGAACAAGCUGUUGGUUCUCAUCAUUCACUUCAAGUGCUCAUGAUGCCAAAAAAUAAAAACAACAAUAAAAAAAUGAAAUUACCGUAAUUCCCACAUUAUAAGAUGCCACUUUAUUCAGAUGCUUUGAACCCAAAAUGGCAAAAUAACGAAAAGAAUUCCCAUGAUAGAGUACCAAAACAGAAAGUAGUGCAUACCGCAGUCGAAGCUAAUAUCACAUGUUUUGAAGUCUUACACAGCAAUAGUGUUUUGAUCUGACAAAUCUUAACUAAAUUUGAUCAAGUCUGGAAUUAUGACAACUUCGGCAUGGAAAAAAAGGAUAGCGAUAGCUGAUGGUAGACGCACCCUUCUAAAACAUUCAGUCUUUCCUUUGUCUGAGGCACAGUAUCGACUGUCGAGGAAUGUGCCGAUCAUAACAUCGAAGACUCUGACGUAGCGAAUGGUAUCUUUUAAAAAUGUCAACAGGCUCACUCCGUCUGCUCGAAUAUUCGCCACAGCAAAUUGCGGGACAAUGCCGGAAAGCAGGAUUCCUUCUUUAUGAAUGGAAUAUUUUCAUAGUUCUAGGAUAGAAAAUAUGUUUAAGACCUUCUAAAUAUGUUUUUUCACAUUAUGAAUGAAAUAAUACUCACUUUUGCACUUGUGUUAGUCAAUAUACUUGACAUAAAAAUAUAAAUUUGACAGUUGCAUUUACAGCAUACUUGCUGGCUAAAUCAUCCCACAGCGACUUAACACUCAAAAGGUAGCUAAGGAAUAUACAAGAAAAGUACCAACAUAAGUUUAGAAUAAAAUACUAUGUUAACUAACUAACUAACUAUGUUAUGUUAACUAUGUUAAGCAGUUCAUUGGACAUGGCUGCCGGGGAGCUUCAAUUUUUCACCUGAGGGAUCCCUUUCCUGGGAAGCAAUGCAUGAGGGGAAACCAUUAAAAUAUAUUUUUUUAUUCUAAACUCAUAUUGGUUCUUGUCUUGUAUAUUUCUUACCUAACUUUUGUUUGUUAAGGUGACAUGUAAUGAUUUUAGCAUUCUUUCUCAGAUGACACCGUGAGUCAUACUGUUUUACAUAAAAAUAUAAAUUUGACACUUGACACUGGUUAGCAUUUACAGCAUACUUGCUGGCUAAAUCAUCCCACAGUGACUUAACACUCAAAAGGUAGCUAAGGAAUAUAUAUGAAAAGUACCAACUCAAGUUUAGAAUAAAAAACAACAACUAUGUUAACUAACUAACUAACUGUAUUAUGUUAAAACUAUGUUAAGCAGUUCAUUGGACAUGGCUGCCGGAGAGCUUCAAUUUUUCACCAGAGGGAUCCCUUUGCUGGGAAGCAAUGCAUGAGCGGAAACCGUGAAAAUAUAUUUUUUUAAUUCUAAACUCAUAUUGGUUCUUGUCUUGUAUAUUUCUUACCUAACUUUUGUUUGUUAAGGUGACAUGUAAUGAUUUUAGCAUUCUUUCUCAGAUGACACCGUGAGUCAUACUGUUUUACAUAAAAAUAUAAAUUUGACACUUGACACUGGUUAGCAUUUACAGCAUACUUGCUGGCUAAAUCAUCCCACAGCGACUUAACACUCAAAAGAUAGCUAAGGAAUAUACAAGAAAAGUACCAACACAAGUUUAGAAUAAAAAAACAACAACUUUGUUAACUAACUAACUAACUAUGUUAUGUUAACUAUGUUAAGCAGUUCAUUGGACAUGGUUGCCGGGGAGCUUAAAUUUUUCACCAGAGGGAUCCCUUUGCUGGGAAGCAAUGCAUGAUUGGAAACCGUUAAAAUAUAUUUUUUAAUUCUAAACUCAUAUUGGUUCUUGUCUUGUAUAUUUCUUACCUAACUUUUGUUUGUUAAGGUGACAUGUAAUUUAUUUAGGGUUCUUUGUCAGACUGUUAUAUUGAGUAAUGACGAUUUCCAAUGUGUUGACAAGCUUGUUGUGAGUUCCCUUGUAGCUUGGGAUUGGCUCCUGCCAAAGAAAGAGCUACCGUUUCCUCACUGAUUUGCAAGCAGGCACGAGAUUGAGACAAUUUGUUGUAGUUUCGGAGUAAAGGAGAUGUCAUGAGAUUAGAACAUGCCCAUAAAUGAACCGCGUCAGGGUUCAAAGUUUAAGAAAAAAAUGGUGGCUUAUACACCGGAAAUUACGGUAUAACUAAUUAUUUUUUGAAUUCCCCCAACACCACAGUUACGGUGCUAAUGUUAAGAUAACCGUGUUUAAUGAAGCAGCAUCCUUCCAAAAGCAGGUCUUGAGAAACAGGGUUGUCUUGUAUUUGGGGUCUAUAGAUUUAUACAUUCAAAGAUUUUCUCCCAGCUAUGGUCUUAAAAAAAAAAGAGGGGUCGCCUAUAUUCGGGUCAAUACGGUACUUUAUGCAGUUGAGAACAACCCUACGACUUCAACUUGGACUGUAAGGGAGGCCGCCAUGAAUGUAUGGCUUCUAUAGUGUUUUUGUAGACUGACUGUUGUUCAUGCCCUGUGCCCCCACAUCUCAAUCCCCGGAUAGAAGAGAGACUUCAAUGUAUGAGAAAUGCUAUGCUGAAUAUGCAUAAAAUAUGCUGUAUGAAAAAGCACAUUAAAAUAUUUUAA